CUCACCCCGCAAGCCACGUGCCGUACCCAAACCCCGACGUAGCCGGGGGGGGCCUGCGGGCGGCGAGAGUGCCGUACCUCCCAUGGACUUCUCCGGUACGGAUCCGGACACCUUCCGACAGUACGACACAAGGCCGGAUCCCGACGAGGGCGGGACGAGCCUGGAGAGGGCGGCGCCGGGGAUGAUUUCCAGGAGGUUCUCGGAGCUGCUGUGGGCCACCGACCCCGCAACUCUGCACUCGUACGGCCUCCACGAGCGCAUGACCGGCACGGAGCUACAAUUGUACGAGAGGGCGUACGGCGAAUUCAUGUACUUGUACGGCAAGAAGUUGCCGGAGGGCGCAAGCAAACACAUCAACACGGCGGCGAAGCAACGCUGCCGGCCACUGCUCAACCGCUGUCCAAUGCCCUUGGAAACGCCUGCUAGCCAAGGCGGCGGCGGCGGCGCCGCCGCCAGCGAGCCGGAUGACGCCGCCGCCGGCGAUGCUGCCGCUGAUGGCCGCAAGCAGCAGCGGCAGCCCGCCAAGCGGCGCCGUACAUUGACAAGCGGCGGCGGCCGCGGAGGCGCAGACGACGACGAUGGUGAUGCUGCAGCAGCUGGGCCCGCGGGGGCUGGCGGCGGCGGCGGCGGCGGGGGGGACGAUGGUGGGGUGAUGAAACGGAGAUCAUCGGUUGCAGAGGGAGCUGAGAGGAUGAGGGACGAGGUGGAGGAGGAGCAGGAGGAGGAGGACCAGGAGGAGGAGGAGGAGGACGAGGAGGGGGGAAAAGGUACCGUGGCGGCGGUGGCGGCGGCGGCGAGGAGGCGCAGGUCAGCGGCGGCGGCGGCGACUAAGGCGGGCUCACCCCGCAAGCCACGUGCCGUACCCAAACCCCGACGCAGCCGGGUAGGGGCUGCGGGCGGCGAGAGUGCCGUACCUCCCAUGGACUUCUCCGGUACGGAUCCGGACACCUUCCGACAGUACGACACACGGCUGGACCCCGAUGAGGGCGGGACGAGCCUGGAGAGGGCGGCGCCGGGGAUGAUUUUGAGUCGCUGGCUCCUGCUCAUAUCCUCGGCUGACCCCGCCACCCUCCGGACUUACCAAGCCGGAGAACACGUCCGCGGUACGGAGCUCAAGAUGUACGACCAAGCGUACGGCGAGUUCAUGUACCUGUACGGCGAGAAGCUGCAGGAGGGUGCGGCCAGGGCAGCGGCGGUGCGCGCUGCCGCCGCCGCGCGGCGGCAGGUCAUUGACAGUGCAGUGGCGGCGGCGGCUGACGGGGCCGAUGGCAUUCACAGCAGCGAAAGCGACCACGGCGGAGGGGAGGACGGAGGGGACGCAGCGCAGGGGGCUCUGCACUGGCGGCGGCGGCGCCGCCGCCGCCGUCACGCCAGUGGCGCCGCUGCCGCUGGCGGCCCUGACGGCGGCGACGACGACGGCGAUGGCGGCGGUGAUGGCUCCUCGGAUUUCAGUUUGGGCACCGUGGCGGGGGAGGAGAGUGGGGGCAGCAGCGAGAGCGGGUCGCUCGGGGCGGAGGAGGAAGAGGAGGAGGAGGAGGAGGGGGGAAGCGGCGGCGAUGCUGACGACGAGGACGAGGACAUCGUGGAAGAUGAUGGCGAUAGCGGCAACGAGGGGCGGCGUGGUCGCGGUGGCCGAGGGAGAGGCGGCGGUCGCGGCAGCCGCGGCAGGCGCAGCAGGCGCAGCAGGCGCGGCGGCGGUGGCGGCAGUAGCAGCAGCCAGGCACGGCGGCCGACGCCGCGUGAGGAAGAGGACGCUGUCCGUGUGGAAGUUGCUUCUGCCAUUGCGGCUGCUAGCCGUAGCGUGUUUGAGGCGCUGGACCCGGCCAUGAAUCUGGACGACCCCUCCACACUGACCAAGCGCGGCGGUUACCUGGUGUACAAGAGGUACAUUGAGCUUCGCAGAAAGUACGACCCCUCCGAGUUGCCGUCGUACACUCGGGGGGAGCACCUCCGCGGUGCUGACCUGCGUGCAUUCGUACAGGCGUACGGCGAGUUCAUGGAGCUGUUUGGCCGCUUGUUGCCGCCCGACGGAGAUAAGAAGGUCAAGAGCCGCACCAAGACCAACAUUCGACGGCUGGUGAUUCAGUCGUACAGGAACGUGUCUGGUCAACCAGAGGCAGCUGCCAACGUCGGGACCAAUCGGGCAACUCAGCUACAGAGCGUGAUGUGGUCGGGGAAGCGGCGGCAAGGCGUCAGGGAGGCGGCGGGAGUGCAAGCAGUUGGUGGUUUGGUCUGUAGGCAUGCAGGGACGUUGUUCAUGGGUUAUGGUGAGGGCGGUGUUGGCGAGGUCGCGGCGGCGGGGGCGGCGACGGAGACGGGGACGGCGACAGGGACGGUGGAGGAGGGCGCUCCAGGCGCGCUUCCUGUCCAGGCAACGGCGGCGGCAGCGGAGGCGGCGGCGGAGGGGAUGGGACAGGGGCCUGGAGCCGGAGGCAGCUCCUGUCGGGAGACGUGGGAAACCACGCUGGCUCUUUGGGGUCGCCGUACAAAACUUCGUUAUCGAAUGGACGUGACCCACGGGUCCGUGGGGUCAUCGUCGGCAGCGGCGGAACGGGCGGCGACCGCGCCCAAGACCAGGCCGCCGUCGUAUGCCAUUCGGUUUUCUGGCUACGUUAAGGACGACCACCGGGAAAUCUCCUUAGAGAAAUGUCCGGGAUCUGACGUGUGCAACGGUCCUGCCGUACCUACUGCGAUAUACGAGACUCGUUCUCUGUCCCUCUCAGCUACCUGCCUCGCCUGGUCACCGGCCUUCUGCGUCGCCGCCACGGCCGCCGCUGCCACCGCCGCCGCCACCGCCGCCACCGCCGCCGCCGAUACUGAAGUGACUGCCGCAGCUGACGGUACUGCUGCCGUGCAGUCUGACGGCGUCUCCCGUUACUGCGUGCUGGCAGUGGGCAACAAGCUUGGCGAGGUGACCAUGUGGCGUCUGGGUUUGCCGUACGAGUACGAGCUCAGGCCGCAGGUGGGCGGCGGGGCGGCCGCGGCGGGGUCUGGUUCCGGAGGACGGGUCGCAGCCGCCGCCGCCGCCGCCGGGCCAGGACCCAAGUCACCCUCAGCGCAACCAGGGAAACGUGGUAACGGCGGCGGCGGCGGCAGCGGCGGCGGCGGUGACGCUACAUGUUCCUCCCCUUCUUCUCCGUCCCCUUCUCCAUCCCCAUCCCCAUCAUCAGGACCAUCAUCAUGUUCAUCAUUCGCUUUGCAAUGGAUGGGUGCGCUCCGAAUACAUGGGGGCGGUGCGCACGUGCUGCGGCUAGCAUGGCACGUGGCCCCCGAGGGCAGCGGCGGUGCUGCCGCCGCAGGCGUCGAGGCCGCGGCAGCGGCGCCGUCGCAGUGGCGGGUGCCGCAGCCGCACACAGCGGGCCUACGAGACAGCUUACUCCUGCUGACGGGCCUUUCCGACGGUGCCGUACUGUUGUGGUCCGCCGCCGCUGCCACGCUGACGCGAGCCUCAGACUUCACCCUCCUGGCAGAGGUCUGCCCGCCUGACGGCCUGGCGCCCACUGCCCUGGACUGCACCUGGCUGCUAGCUGCCGCCGCCGCCAGCAGUACCAGUGACCCGCGGGUCCGCGGCGGCGGCCGCCGCCGCCGGCGCGGCGCCGCGGUUGCUGGCACGCACGCUGGUGAUGGUGACGGCGAGGGCGAGGGUAGUGACGGCGGCGGGCGUGCGGCGAGGGAAGGCAACGGGGAUGAGGAGAGGGAGAGGGGGUGUGGUGACGCUGACGGCGGCGGCGGUGUUUCGGCGGCGAGCGGGGAGCAGCAGCGGGAGGAGGAGGAGGAGGAGGGUGUGCAUUCGGAUGCGCCCCGGGCACGUCGUCUGUUGGUUGCGGCGGCGAAGCCCUGUGGGGCGGUGUUCGUGUGGCGGAGCGGCCUCUGGCUGCCGCGAACGGCAGCAACGGCGGCAGCAACGACGGUGGCGGCGACGGCGGCGGCUGAUGGGCCGCCGAUGGCGACGGCAGCGGCGCCUUCUUCACCAGCGGCCAAGAAGAAGAAAAGAAAGGAGACGGAGACGGAGGCGGUGGCUGUGGCAGUGGUCACCGCUGCCGCCGCUGCAGGUGGCGGCGGUGAUGCUGAGGAGCACCGGCACCGGGACAAGGAUGGUGCGGCGGACCUGACGGUGGCGUGCAGCCGUGCCGGCGGCGCCGCCAGCUGCUUGCAGCCCGGCGCCCAUGGCACCUUCCAUUGCAGCGGCGUGGCAUUGGCGGCUGGUCAGCCGAUGAUCGUCACGGGCGGUACGGACGGCACCGUCAAGUGCUGGGUGGUUUCGGAGCUCAAGCUGCCAUUGCCGCCGCCACCGUCGCCGCCCCGGGUGGCGCUGCAGCUGACGGAGGUGACUGAUGGCUUGCAUCGCCUGGACCCCUGCAGCAGCGCUCUGCCGGCGCUGCCGGCGCAGGUACGAACGCUGCCGCUUGCACGACAGGCCGUACACGGCGUCGCCGCCAGUGGCAACGGCCUGGUUUUUGCGGUGCUACGCACCACAGCCACUCGCCAAUUGGACAUGGCCAAGAACGUCAUGAUCCAUGGCCGCGUCCUCGGCGGCACCGUACAUCUCUUGACGCCGUACAGCAUGGCGGCGGCGGCGGCGGAGCCGCCGCAGCUGCCGUCGCCGCAGCUGCCGUCGCCGCGGCAGCUGGCCUCUGGGUUGCUCUUCCAGGCGGCGGUGGCGUCGUGUCUAUGGGACCUCCAUGCGCUGGCGCUGCGGGCGGGGCUGGUGGCGGCGGCGGCGCUGCCGCCAGUGCCGGAGGAGGCGUGGGACUGUGUGACUCUGGGCGGCGAGGUGACGGAGGCGGAUGACGCAGCUAUGUUGGAGCAGGUUCAGGGCGCGGAGGAUGCGGGCAAUGCGGAUGCCGACGGCGGCGGUGGCGGCGCGGGGCCGGGCGGCGGCGGCGGCGGCGACGGGGCGUCUAUGGAUCCGGGUCGGGCUCGUCUGGCGGCACUGGUCCGACUGGAUACGGAGGAGCGACGGAGGGCGAAGUUGGCAGCGCGGUUGCAGCAACUAACAACCACCAAGCUGAUGCUUGACGCCAUGGAACGGUUCAUCGCGCCGCUGGAGGCGCCGUACAACGCCGCGGCGGCGGCCGCCGCCAUGGAGGGCGGCGGGUCCUUACUUAUUGCGCUUAAUGGACAGCAGGCCUGGGCUUGGUGUGGCCUCCGCUGCGCGACGGCGCUUCGGCGGCUGGCCCUGUCGUACACCGCCUCGCGGGCGGAUCCGCCGGGCGCGGCGCCGCAGGACCAGUUGGCUGACGUUGACGUCGGCGUGGUGGCGGCGCUGCAGCAAGCCGGCGGCGCCGCGGCGGCGGCGGUGGCGGCGCCAGCGGCGGUGCUGGCGUGCCGCGACGCGGCCGCACGCAACGAAGGGGAGUUGCUGCAGGCGCACAUCUGGGCCGCUCUGUCGUACGGCAUUGGGCACUUCAUGCGCCGGUUGCCGCCGGCCGCAGCGGCGACGGCGCCGCCGCCGCUAUACAAGCUGUUAAUGGCCGACUGGGUAACACUUCAUGUACGGCAUCCGAGACUCCGGGAAUCGGAGCUGUUACCGCUAACGCCGGUAGCGCUCUCAGCCGCCUCAUCCACCGCCUCCUCUUCCGACAUGCUCCAAUCCGCCGCGGUGGCGGAGUGGUGCUGCAGCUUCGAAACCACCACUACAACCGUAACUGCCACAACCGUAACUGCCACAAAUGAUGCUAACAAGGACAGGAAGGAUGACAGCAGCAACAUGAAGCAAGGCGCUUUCGGCUCGGCGACGACGAUGACGGAUACGACAGCCACCGCCGCGGCGGCGGCUACAGUGGCGGCGGCGGCUCCACAGCGCGUGGUGUUGACACUGCCCCGUUGCGGGGCGACGCUGAUGGUGUGCGAGUCCCCAGCGGUUUGGAACUGUGUGGUAUGUGCCCGCAGGUACCUGUUUCCGCCCACACGGCGACUCCACCAAUUGUACACGAGUCCCCCGGUGCCGUACUGCCUGUUCUGCGGUGUACGGCUUGCCAACGGUCAUGCCCCGGUUAGCAAAGGGCUGAUAUUUGCAACAGCGGGAGCUUCCAUCCUCAGCCAGGCGGCGCGGGCAUCGCGUCGCACGCAGCUCGUGCCUGCGGCAUUAUCGCACGCUUUGGUUUUUCGCAGCCCAGCCGAGCUCGUGUUUGGAACCUUGCUCAUGUACUAUUUUCGCAUCCUAGAGCGGGAAGCCGGCCCUAGCAAGUUUGCCGCCUUCGCCGCCAUCAGCACCUUCCUGUCAUCGUUGUUGCAGUGGGCGGUGUUCGUCUACGUGCUGGGCUUGCAGCUGCUGAUGAGUGCUGGACGAGCUUCCCUGCUGGUGGGCGGUACAGGGCUGGUGGCUGGACUGAUCUACAAGUUCAACCUGCUCGGAGUCAAGCGGCUGAGGUUUCCAAGUUUUGUUCGGCGCUUCUUCGCCAACACGUUGGGAACCCUCUUGAGCAGCGACACGGCGGCGCCGGCGGCCCACCCGACGGCCACCAACGCCGCCGCCGUUGGCGGUACGGCGCCCGGGGCCCGGAGAGGUGGCGGACGCACGGCCGCCGCCGCCGCCGCCGCCGCCACGGGUGGCGGUGGCGGUGGCGGUGGCGGUGGUGACGGUGUGCCCUCGGCCCCGCAUCUGCCGGGCCCAACCCGCGAGGUGGUUGAGCAGUUGGUGGCGAUGGGCUUUGGGGAGGCCGAGUCCAUCCGCGCGCUACAGCUAACGAACAACGACCUGGAACAGGCUGUUGGCUUGUUGCUAAACUCCUGA